AUUGCAAUUGUUUUUCCCCCAUAGUGCAGAGGUUUUGUCUACAGAUGAAGACGUCGCUUGGGAAGCAGUGCAUGGUUUUAACAACGAAGAAGAAGGUUUCCAAGAUUGUUCAGCCUACAUUAGGAUUGCACAGUACCAGCACUGUCACAUCGCUGACGGGAGUACGUCCAACCAGGAUGCAGACAUGCAGUGUGGGCCAGACAUGUUGGAGGAACUGUUCGCUAACCUAAAUUAUGUCUUUUGAGCCAUGUUUUCACAGAAAGGAAGUAGAAGGAAGGAAACUAUCAACAAAAGAAAGCUGGCACUACAAACAAAGGAGGAAGGACCCAUACUGCCAAGUCACAAUACAAGAGUCAAAACAUCAAAGACAGAUCAUCAGAUUAAAGUACCAGUAAAUUGUUAUCCCAUUUGCACAGAAAUAGGUUUGGAUCUAGACCCAACAUCAAAAUCACGAAGUAAAAAAAAAUGGACUUGAAGCUGUUGACAGGAGCUGUAGUCUUGGAGAUACAUAAAUUCGCUUCAAAGAAAGUCAGACACUAUUUGCCACACACUCUGUUUGCUAUCCUCGACUAUAACUUUGAUCUUAGCUCACAACAUCACAGGCGCUGGGAAUUUUCCAUCGCUACCUCAUCCAAAGUCCAAGCCAUGGUCAAGAAUUAUCAUAAACAUGGAUAUGGGGCAGAGAAGGUCUUCGAGUUGCCAUUUGUGUGUGCUCCCAAGAAGAGACCAAACAAGAAGCCAAAAGAGUACUACCAGGAAAAUCCAAACAAGAAAACAAAUGAGGGUAGAUUUGUGCGCCAAGUGAGAUACCAUUUGGUUUCUAAUCGUGUUCAUUUUCUCGAUGGUUUCAAAAAUGACGAGGAACCUUGGCCCUACGAAGAGGACACUGAGUUCUCAACAGAUCCUGGGAAGAUGGUGCAGAUGAAUGGGAGUCUUGUGAGUGUAGGUUGUGACAGUCCCCUCCAAGAAAACAUACAGAAAAAAGAAGAGGAGUGCAAUCUACAUUAUGGCAAUAUGAAAUCAGAACCAGACACUGAUAUGAUAGUGCAGAUGAGUGGGAGUCUUGAGAGUGAAACUUGUGGCAGUCCUCUCCAGGGAAACAUACAGAUUAAAGUGGAGGAGUACGAUCCACACUAUGGCAACAUGAAUGCAGAACUGGACACUGGGACGAUAGUGCAGAUGAGUGGGAGUCUUGAGAGUGAAGGUUGUGGCAGUCCUCUCCAAGGAAACAUACAGACAAAAGAAGAGGAGUACGAUCCACAGUAUGACAAUAUGAAUGCAGAACUGGACACUGAGGAAAAAUAUUGUCCACAAUAUGAUGAUAUCAAAACACAGCCAGACACUGAAGGUGCUGAACAUUCAGUCCCAGGUGAACCUACAGAACCCCUUGGAUAUAUUUCAAUGAUAUUGUCGCCGAACUCUGGAGAACCACAAGCAGAAUCAGAAAGUCAGUAUGUCCAGUAUUACAUCAUGGCUGAAACACAAGGAUCUGCUGAAUGUCCAAACAUAAGAACUGAAUUUGACACUGAGUGUGUUCAGUAUUUAGUCCCCGUUGACGCAGCAGAAUCCCAAGAAUACACCAUAGUUAUCAUGGGUCAAGGCAAUGAGAUCACUGUGAUUAAAGAAGAGCAAGAAAAUGUACCAGCCGAUUCGCACCAUUGUUAGGUUCACAGAAAAUGAAGUGGGCAUCUAUCAGGAAUAACAUCCUCAAAAUACUUGACAAAAGAGGUAGUUGUGUUUUACACUAAACAGAUGCAAAUAGCUUCCUUUGUUGUUAUGAAAAUGUAUUUCUUGUAGGGAGAUGAUGUAGUUGGUGACUCAUUCCAAUUCUUCAGGGAUGUAUACUUAAAAAAGUUCACUGUCAAAUUCAAUGCAAAGGGCUGUGAAUAUUAUGCUUUGAAGUUUUGUUCUAAAAAGGAAAAAAUGGAAAUUUUAAAAGCUUUUUUUUUGACAUUUUUAAGAAUUUAUAGAAGGAUAUUUUGCCAAUAGUUGUUUUGUAGUCAUUUAAGACAUUUUGGCCUGGAGGCCCAAAGAGAUGGCAAGAUCUAAUUAAAAUGUUUGAAUGUAAAGGGCAGUCAAUAUUGUGCUUUGAAGCUUUGUUCUAAAAAGGUUAAUGUGCCACAGCUGGACAUUCUAUAAUCUUCUUUUUAAUGUUUUGUUUUCCAUCUAUGGUCAUUUUUUGUUUUUUUAUCUUUGAAAGAAUUUGUGUAAGGAUAUUUUGAGACUGAACUUUACUUUGUGGAUAGAUUUUAUUCUGGUCUGUUUUCAAAGGUGCUUGUUCUCCAUUUUUUGUCGUCGUUUUUUUACUUGUUUUUUCACUUAAUUGUUUAUUAGUGCCUUUUCUGAUCUCAUACUAGUGAUUUCUGUUUUUCUGUUUUAAUUUUUCAACAGGAAAAAACAGCUUACAAUGACAAUGAAAAUAUAUUGUAAAUUUUAAAAACUGACCAUGUCUUGAAGCUCUGAUGUAAAUUUGUAAAGAAGAGUGCACCUAUACUUUAUUCAUAGUUUGUAUACACUGCAUAAUACACUGCAGAAAUGAUAAUGACCUGUAUCUGGUUGGACUUG